GUGCUUCGGGUCAAAUGCUCAAUUAAAAGCCAAGUGAUUAAGCCGAAGUGUCAAGCCGUUAACUGAACCAGUUUAAUCAGUUCCGAGUGCCUCGAAUUGUUCAACUAAAAUGUAGUGCUCUGUCGCUAUAAAGAAAGGAAUCUUAAUUAUAGUAACUGAACUUGUGCUUACCAAUUGGAUUUAUUGGGUAUAAAACAUUAAGAUGACUUCAUACAGCGCGUUGACAGGCUUAGGACCAGGAUUUCUGGGACUUUUACUCUUACUCGGCAGCUGCCAAGACACGGUUGGUGUUCUGGGCAAAUCCCAAAUGUGUGAGGUGGAAACGGGCCAGACAAAUAUAAUACUGGAUAUAGAAGAGAGUCGGGGGGACUUUAUUGGACAACCCACCACGCCGGCCGAACUACCAAUUUAUGGUGAUCCUAACACGGAAAUUGCUUUGGAUCUAGUCUUCCCGAAGGGACAACCGACAUUCCUGUUGGAUGGCAAAAAGCUAAAGCUGUUGCAGCCCCUCGAUCGCGAUGAGGAGAAUCUCAGUCACAUUGUGUUCCAGGUCUCCUGCACCAUUCGUGAGUCAAAUAAGAAGCGCAACAUUCCGCUUAUUGUGCGAGUGUCCGAUGUCAAUGACAAUGCCCCUCGUUUUAUGAACACGCCCUACGAGAUCACUGUACCAGAGAGCACUCCUUUGGGAUCGACAAUCUAUCGUAAUAUACAGGCGCUCGACAAGGAUGCCGGCGUAAACGGCCUAGUCGAGUAUUUUAUAGUCAAGGGAGAUACUAAUAGGACCGAAGAUGAGAAGUUAACCAGUGCCGAUGGCUAUGGUACAUUUGCAAUAUCAUUUCCACAUCAAGGACAAGUAACAGUCGCUAAGACAUUGGAUUACGAGAAGAUUCAACGCUAUUAUCUGACUAUUGUGGCAUCCGAUCGUGCGAGAAAUGUGGCAGAGCGUCUUUCGUCGACCACAACUCUAACUGUGAACAUAGCCGACUCGGAUGACAUGGAUCCGUCUUUUAUUUAUCGGGGAUGUGUUUUGUUGGAUGGCGCCUGCAUUAAUCCGGAAUAUACAGCCUCAGUUCCUGCAGGAUCGGUGCAGGGUGUGCUCAAUGUAUUACCGGAAAGGAUACAGGCUGUGGAUCUGGAUACGAUCAGUUCGCCAAUAAGUUAUAGUUUUGCGAGUGGAAUGCCGGGCAAUUAUGCGGAUUACUUUGAGAUCGAUCAGGAAACCGGAGUUCUGAAGCAGAUAAAAGCGGUGGACACAUCGACAGCAAAGCGAUAUGAUAUCAUUGUGAAAGCCGAAGAGAUCUCGGCACCGCCACGACGCUUCACGACGGCCAAACUGACGAUUGCCGUAAAGCCCGUAGAUGCGAAUCCGCCGGUAAUAUCCUCCUCCGACAUCGAGGGUUAUGUGGAUGAGAAUUCGCCAAUUGGCACAAGAGUUUUGGAUGCGAGUGGAAAGCCCAUCACAUUUCGAACAACCGAUGAAGAUUUGGGAGAAGAUGAUCCGAAACCCGAUUACAUUUACGAGCUGACAACGCCUUCGUUUAAUGUGACAAACGAGGGCAUUUUGGUGGUAAACGAGGAGGGAUUAGAUCGUGAUCCUCCCGCACCGGGACGCUACAAGUUCCAAGUGGUGGCCAGAGAGCCAAAAACCAAUGCAGCAAGUGCUCCCUUAAGUCUCACGGUCAUUUUAAGGGACGUCAAUGACAAUGCACCCAAACUGGCGAUGGUAGCACCAAUUUCCAUUGCAGCCGGAGAUCAGCAUGAGCAGCGUUUGGUCGCCAAAAUGAUGGCAACGGACAUUGAUGAGGGCCCGAAUGCGGUGGUCAGCUAUUCCAUCUACCAUGUGUCCAACAAUGGCCUGCAAAAGUUCAAGAUCGAUGAGAAAACGGGCGAGAUUGAGACACGUGGCCGAUUAUUGGCCGGAGAGCAGUAUAGCAUUACGGUACAGGCAACGGAUAUUGGCGGACUCUCCUCGCAGGCGAUCGUGGAGGUGACAGUCACGCCGGGACCGAAUACGAAGCCACCACGGUUCGGUAGUGCCGUCUACGAGGUGCAAGUCAGCGAAGGUGCCGAAAUCAAUUCGACCGUCACUGUUAUCCAUGCCGAUGAUCCGGAAAACGAUCCAGUUGUCUACUCGAUCAUGUCCGGCAACGAUCUACGGCAAUUUGCGGUCGGUCAGCAGAGUGGUGUCAUUAUGGUGAUCCGAAAAUUGGAUCGCGAGAGUUUAACACGCUAUCAACUGAUCGUUAAGGCGGAGGAUAAUGGCGGACUCUCCAGCAGUGCAACCGUAAAUAUUAAGGUCACGGAUAUCAAUGAUAAGAAUCCGGAAUUCGAUGAGGAUAAUUUACCCUACGUUUUCCAUGUGGAUGAGGGUAAAUCGAAUGCCUUUGUGGGACUGGUGCAUGCCACGGAUGCGGAUGAGGGCAUCAAUGCCGAGAUCACUUAUUCCAUACCCACGGAUAUACCCUUUAAUAUCAAUGCCAAGUCGGGGGAGCUACGCACCGCCUCCGAACUCGACUACGAGCGUCUCAAUGAGUACAGAUUUGUGGUGACUGCCAAGGAUGGAGCUCCGGAUGCUCGUCUGGGCACGGCCAGUGUGACAGUGUUGGUUAACGAUCUGCCGGACGAGGUGCCCAAGUUUAAUGAUGCCAAGAUCAAUGUGAGAAUUGCGGAGAAUGAGCCCAACUUUCUGGUAGCCACUGUGCAGGCCUACGAUCCCGAUUCCAUGCCAGAGAUCACUUAUGUGCUGCGCAAAGGCGACGCGGAACUCUUCAAGAUCUCUCCAAUCACCGGUGAAAUACGCACCACCAAGGGAUUGGACUAUGAGAAGCAGCGACAACAUGAACUGGUCAUCGGAACCAUUGAGAACGAUGGUGAGGCACAGGGCGAUACAGUGCGUCUGAUUGUCGAUGUGGAGGAUCGCAAUGAUGUGCGUCCGGUAUUUAUAACCGUACCCGGACCCGUGACCGUCAAUGACGAUCAACCCAUUGGCUCCAUCAUUGCCACAAUGCCGGCCAUCGAUGCGGAUGGCACUUCACCCGGCAAUGUGGUGCGCUACGAGCUGGUGGGGCGGGGCAAGGCCUUAAAGUACUUCCAAGUGGAUCCGGAUACGGGUGCGGUACGUAUACGUGAUGAGCUGCGCAAGGAGGAGGAUACGGAGUACCAGGUGGACAUCAGAGCCUACGAUAUGGGAGAACCCCAGCUCAGCUCCGUGGCCAUGUUGCCCGUCUUUGUGCGUCAUCUGCUGCUCGAUCCCGCCGAGGAUCAGGAUCAGUUGGAGCGUAAAUCCAUUGGCGAAAACUCCAUGAACUCGGAUACAGUUGGCCUGGCGUUCAGUGAUGAUAAUUACAUUAUUAGUGUGCCGGAAUCGACAGCCGUGAAUUCCACACUGAAACUCAUACAGAUCAUCAACUCAAAGAAACCUUCACGGGAGACACCCAACUACAAAUGCGAAUUCUCCCAGGGCAAUGAGUUGGGCAUCUUUGAACUGCUGCUCGAGGAUUACGGCUGUGUGCUUGUGCUGGUCAAGCCGCUGGAUUAUGAGACCAAGACUUCGUACAAUUUGGAAAUACGCCUCAAUUCGCACAGAUAUUUUGUGAGUCCACGCAAGGAUCGGGCCACGAUCAAGAUUAUUGUGCAGGAUGAAAAUGAUAAUCCGCCCGAGUUUGUCUUUAAUCGUUUCCACGGUCAGAAUGACACUUAUUACGCCGUAAUCACACCGGAAAUGGACAUUGAUACGACUAUUUUACAAGUUCGUGCCACUGAUCGCGACUCGGGAAAAUUCGGCAUAUUGAGCUAUAAACUUUACGACGAGGAGGAUCAGGAGAAUGCCCUGUCCAGGGAGAAUCAACCUUCUAGUUACUUUAGCAUAACUGAAGAUUCCGGCAUUUUGCGCACGGCAAAACUCUUCAAUGAGCUCACAAACUUCCCACUAACUUUCUACGUGGAGGCAAGUGAUAAUGCAGCCCUGGAACAGGGAUCACAUAAUACAAGAGCACGCAUUGUAGUCAACAAACUGACAGAUUCGCAUCGCAUGGCGUUGACAUUUUCGAAUGCAGCCCCGAAUAAAAUACGCAAUCAUUAUGCAGCCCUGGAAGAGCUGCUCGAGGAGAAGACCAAUGGCUUGGUCUCUGGCAUCGAACGCUUCAGCAAUCGCAAGUAUUUGACGGACAAUGGCACCGUCUCGGAGAAUCCCGAGGCAACCGAUGUCUGGUUCUAUUUAAUCGAUCCCAAGACGGAGAAAUUGUUGACCCGCAAUGACAGCUUGGUCCAGGAGACGCUCUUCGGUGCCUCGGCGAGCACGGAACUCAAUUUGGCGGCAUCGAAUCUGGUGCGAGCCACAGCCGAGGGCAUCUUUGCCCCGAUUCAGAUGAAGGAACAGGUUCACAAGAUCAAAGCUACGAUGGCAUCUCUUGAUGACGAAGUCUUUUCCUUCACCUUAAUAGCCAUAUCCAUUAUUAUACUCAUUCUGGGCACGAUUGGCAUCAUUUACAUAUGUGUCUCUUGGUCCAAAUACAAGAACUUUAAGCAGAGAAUGCGACAAUAUUCGGCUCCAACUCCAACGAGAUAUGAUCCUGUUAUUGUCAAUUCCCAGGCAGCAAACUCUGGAGAAUCGGUGGCCAAUAUGAAGGAGUAUGAGACACAGAUGCUGGCCAUGGCAGUGCCUCCAGAUGGUGAUGAGGAUCUGCAGUUGGACUUUAGUGCCAAGAAUCAUGCCUUCUCCUUGGACAAUGUCAGCUAUAUAACGCACAAACAAAAUGGCGGAGCAGAAGGACAGUCGAGUCCAUCGCAUUCGGAUGCCACCACAGCAACAAUUUCCACACUGCGACGCAACAAUCUCAACAAUCUGGCCAACAAUAUUAACAAUAACAAUUUGACAAUGAACAAUCGUCAGAAUACAUUUAAUCGCACUCUGGAAAUGAAUGCUCGCAAUAAUGCGAAUCCUUUGGCCAUUCCGGGUAACAGCACGCCCGGCACACUCACUCUGGGCAGGAUUAAGCACCACAAUAGCAAUCACUAUCAGAAUGGUGGCUAUAAGAUAGACUCAUCCAGUCGCAACAACUUGGCCAGCAUUCAAAACAACGGAUACAGCACGAUGGGACGACGUGGCAACACUUUUGGUGGCAUGGCAACCCUCAAUGGCAACGAGCUGAUGACCAACACUCUGGGCAGGAAUAACCAGCAGAACAAUCGCUUAUAUGCCGGAGAACUGCCCAUUGCCAAUCCUCUGUUCCAGAGAUCCAAUGGGGAUUUGAGCCACAGUCAUGUGAGUCACACCAACGAGAAUGUGGUUUUUGGCAAGCGGGAUUACGGCCAGAUGAGUUUUUCGUAUCUCAACGAUUUGGAUCGAUCCGAGGUGGAAACCACAACGGAACUUUAAAGGCUCAACAAACUGCAAUUCUAAGUAGUAAACAAUUCGAUGUAUUUAUUAAUGAAAGACUAAACAAAAAUUAGUUGCCAAUUUUGAAAAAGUUUUUAUAGUUAAUUUAACUUAGUUAGCAGUUGCCAUUAUAAUGAGAAUGAGAAUAUGUAAAUAUAAUGUAUAAAUACAACAAAAAAAAAACUGAUAAGAUUUAAUUAUUUCUUUUGUACAUAAGCAUCAAGCAACUGCAGUCAUUAGUUUUCUUUAAGUAAGGGUACAAGCUAUAUAUUUUAAUUAUAUAAAAAUCAAAUGAUAAACAAAUAAAGAAGUGUUCUUUGGAUCAGCCAUAAAUCAUAAUGAAUCUUGCAUAUGUAGUGUAUAUAUAUUUGUUAAACAGAUAUCUAUUUUAAAUAUAAACAAAUAUCCAUGCUUUUUGUAUAUACCUAUGCUAACUGAACUAUACAAAAAUUAAAUUAUGUACCGAAAAACCAAA